GUAAAGAGUUAGAUUUCGGUUAUGUGGCAAUGAUUUUUAAAUCGAAAAGUAACCUUAUCGGCAUUGCUGUCAUUUUCAUUAUCAUGGCCAUAAUGAGAAUAUGGAUUCAGGAUUCGAUAAACAGCCAAAAAUAUGAAAGUGAGACACAUUUUAAACAUUACUCAAAACAGGUCUCAAACAAGAACUCAACACAGGACUGGAACCAAAAUCCAAAACGGGAUUCAAAUGAUUACUUAAAACAGGAUUUAAAUGUGAACUCAAAACAGGAUUCAAAAGAGUACUCAACACAGGAUGCAAUUGAGUACUCAAAACUGGAUUCAAAUGAGUACUCAAAACAGGAUUCAAAUAAGUACUCAAAGCAGUUUUCAAAUGUGCAUUCAAAACAGGAUUCAAAAGAGUACUCACCACAAGAUGCAAGUGAGUACUCAAAACAGAAUUCAAAUGAGUACUCAAAACAGGAUUCAAAGGAGUAUUCAAAACAUGAUUCAAAUGAGUACUCAAAACAGGACUCAAAUGAUUAUUCAAAACAGGAUUCAAAGGAGUAUUCAAAACAGGACUGGAUCCAGUCAUCAAAACAUGAUUCAAAUGAGUUCUUGAAACAGGACUCAAAUGAGUACUCAAAACAGAAUUCAAAAGUGUACUCACCACAGGACUCAAAUGUGUUGUCAAAACAGGACUCAAAUGUGUACUCAAAACAGGACUCAAAUGAGUACUCACCACAGGACUCCAACUCAAAAUUAAUUGUGAUGCUUUACCACAAACCCAAAUUAGAUCCAGAAGAAGUAAAGGAAAUGUUUCUUGAAUGUCCUGAAGUGAAAUGUGAGUUUUCGCAUGAUGUUGCUUAUGUUAAUAAAAGUUCCGCUGUCAUUGCUCACAAAUUGAUCCAGGACUAUACGAACCAUGUGUAUUCUCUGCCAAAACGUAGUCCUGGACAACUCUGGUUCUAUUUCGAUCUUGAGAGUCCAAAUUACAUCGGUAUGUCAUCUAAAGAUGCAGAAUACUUAACUGAAGAACGGAAAUUUAAUGCGACCAUACAUUAUUCACCAUCAAGCCUUAUAUGGAUGAGUUAUGGGAAAUAUAAUGGUUCCCAUAUAUGGAAUUACCGAAGAAUUUAUAACAUGAUUCUUGAUAAGAAAGUUGACUUCGCUGCCAAAAAAGAUAAAUUGCUGUUUUGGGCCGUGAGUAAUUGUCAAGCAGUGAGUAAGCGUCAGAAUUAUGUGAAAAUACUUGCGAAACAUAUACAAAUAGAUAUUUACGGGAAAUGUGGAACUUUUGUGUGUUCUCGAAAUGAAAACUGUGAAACUGAAGUGUUCAAAAAAUACAAGUUUUACCUGGCAUUUGAGAAUCACAUUUGUGAUGAUUACAUCACUGAAAAAUUAUGGAAAGCACUCGCAAUACGAGAGGUGGUACCAAUAGUUCUCGGUGGUGUAGGCCAUGAGAAAUACCUCCCACCAAAAUCUUACAUUGACAUACGUGAUUUCGCUACACCAGCUGAUUUAGCAAACUACUUAAAGAAAUUAGAUGAAGAUGACGAGUUAUAUAAUGAAUAUUUUGCAUGGCGAUACAAAAUAACUCCUGUGUUUGAUUUUAAACAAGCUAAAACAAAAUGGCCGACAGAGUACUUCCUUUGCCAAGUGUGUAGACUUAUUCACUCUCAAGAUUUGAAUACAACUUAUGUUGAUUUUACUGACCGAAAUAAUGAUGAAAAAUAUUGUAGAAAUCCUGAUGAAUAUUUUAAAGAUAUGAAAAUACCGCUUGGGGAUGUAAAACUGUGAUGAACUGUACGCUCUUUGUCUGGCUGUUUGACUUUUAAAUACAUGUAUUGACU